AUGCAAGGAGGCUAUAUUAUACUUAAAGGGUCGAAGUACGUGGAAGAGCAGGAUGACGAGAGGUCAGAGGACAUCAUGUUCUUGUAUUAUCAUCUAUGCGCUGUUUACAACAAUAAGACCCCGCCGGAUUUUGUGGAUUUCUGGUCUAACUACCUCCUCCCCAUCGUCUCGCGUGCAACCAAAGCUGAACUCAAUCAGAUGCAGGAAGACAAUGCAGGAAAUAUAUGGGAGUCUAUGGUGGCAGCAAGCAUGGGAGAACUCUCCCUCUUUACAGAAAAAAAGAUCAGGCGGGCUACCAUGAGCCAUUGGUUGAUGUUCGCUGAAGUUCGGACGAUACUUGGACCAUCAACGACACAUUUGUCGACGCUGUGCUAUCCUUGGCUGUACAUGCUGCAGCACGGCGAGAAGGACAUACGCGUAGGCACCCUUGAGAUUUUGCAUGAAGGGAGGCAGUGGGAUAAUGUGUCGACCAUCUUCGCAUUUGCGGAUACCCCCAAGGAACGGCGUAUUAUCCAUCCAAAGAUCCGAGAAGCAGUAUGGAUGUUCCAGGUGAUACCCAUUUCUGUCCGCCUUACUCUUCUAUCACUGGAUCGCGAGUGGUCCCGAGGUGCUGCGCCCAUCAAAAAGGUACCGCUACUCCUACCUAUAGAACUCAAUACAUUCUCAUCGAUAGUAAUAGCCGCAAAAGAGGGUCGAUCAUCGAUUCUGGCUGUGGGAACAUGGGAAAGUUCACUGAUGUUCUUUGAUACAUCUCGCAAGCUCGGUCGGGGGUAUGAAGGGACCAUUGAAAUGGACCCUGGUAUCAUUUUCGACAUGAAAUGGAACACCAUGGACACGUUGCUUGCUGUUGCCUCUGGUGACUACCAAUGUUCCAUUCAAAUCCUCGAUCCAGAAGUCUGUGCAACCUGA